AUGGUCAGAACAGCGGAGGGGCGAUUCGAAGAGGCGGUAAUCGACUACCUUUUCACUGUCUAUUUGGUGCCCAUAGUCAUCAACCCCAUAGCUUGGUAUGAGGGCAGGAAACACGCCAAAGUAUUGACCAACAUGAUGUCAUUCGAGAAGUUAUACAGGAGGGUGACCAAAAAAAAUCUAAUGCUCUGCCUGGGCAACACCCCUCUGGUGAUUGCGAUUGGUUUGCCAGUGUUGGCAGUCUCCUGUAUGGUGGUGACCCACGUGACGAUGGUCCAUUUCAAAUUUCUACAGGUCAUUCCAUAUUGUUACAUCAACAUGGUGACCUUCCUGAUAGGCGGCUCGUGGUACGUCUACUGCGACCUGAUCGGCAACGUCGCCCAAACAGUCGCCGACGAUUUUCAAUCGGCUCUCAAGAACAUCGGCCCUUCGAGUCGCAUCGCUGACUAUCGCGCCCUCUGGAUGAUGCUCAGCAAGCUGAUCCGCGACGUAGGGAACGCGUUCGGAUACACCGUCACCUUCCUCUGCCUCUAUCUCUUUCUGAUCAUCACGCUCACGAUAUACGGCCUGCUGAGCCAGAUCCAGGACGGACUGGGCAUUAAAGAUGUCGGACUGACGAUAACGGCGCUGUUUUGCGGGGUGAUGCUGUUUUUUAUUUGUGACGAGGCGCAUUAUGCGUCGAACUGUGUGAAAGUUCAGUUUCAAAAAAAGUUGCUACUCGUCGAACUCAACUGGAUGAGUGACGAUGCCCAGCAAGAGAUCAAUAUGUUCUUGAGAGCCACCGAAAUGAACCCGACAGAAAUGUCCUUGGGUGGAUUUUUCGAUGUCAAUAGAACUUUAUUCAAAUCUCUUAUUGCGACUAUGGUAACGUACCUGGUGGUGUUGCUGCAAUUCCAAAUAAGCAUUCCGGAAGACAUUGGCAGCUAUCCUAACGUCGCUACCACCAAUACGAAUGCAACGAAAGAUAUCAAUUGA